AUGCCGCCGACCCAUGGAUCACCCACUCCGUCGUCCUCUGCGGCCGGAGAGGCAUCGACAUCGUCUGUGCUGACUCCAGUUCAGCCUGUGGCACCGGCGUCGGUGCCGGUAGCAAAUCCUGCAAGCCUUGCUGAAGUGACUCCGCUACGGACUGUCUCUCCAACGACGAUGGUGACGCCUGAUCAGCAGAAGACGUACAUGCAUGAUCCCUUGUUGAUAGAAGAAAUUGUGCCCAAUGAAGAGCUGCGUUUUGAGAGCAGAGAUGAAGCAGAGGAGUUUUACAAGUUCUAUGCAAGGCACUGGGAUUAUUAUAAGCCUGGUGAGGAGAGAGUUCGAGAAAAAAUGUCAAUGAGGUGUGAAUGCAAGGCAUUUGUGAAGGCUAAAUGGAUCCAGAAGAAGGGAUAUUGGUUUUUUGAGAGGAUACGGUUGGAACACACUCACCCAUUGCAUCCAUCGCCGAGCUUAACACAAUAUAUGAAGUCACACAAAAACCAGGACCCGACAAUCAUGGGGAUUGUUGAUCAGAUGCAUAGGUGUGAUGUUCCCCUGAACGCAACAGUAAAUGUGUUGUCAGACAUAUAUGGCGGUCGCCAAAACUUCACAUUCACUGAGAGAGACCUGAAAAACAGGAAAGCUGCAGUGGCCAAGGCAGAGAGGGAAAAUGAUAUUCCCAAGUUGCUCGAGUUUUUCAAGGAGAUGAAGGCCCAUAAUGAAUAUUUCUACUAUGAUUUGCAGGAUGAGCAAGCUGAUACAUUUGAGUGGUUGUUUCAAGCAUUCCAAGACUGCAUGUUAGGGAGUCGAGAUCCUAGAUGUAUACUUACAGACCAGGAUAGCGCGAUGGCUGCCGCAAUCAAGAGGGUGUUUAAAAAAACACAACAUAGGUUGUGCCGUUGGCACAUGCUGAAGAAGUAUCGAAAUGAGCUUAAGAAAUUGUAUAAGUUGCAUGAGGGUCUGAAGAUAAAGUUGCUAACAGUAAUCAAUCACCCACUUACGCAUAUCGAGUUCGAGGCAGCCUGGAAUGAGCUGGUCGAUGAGUAUGGCAUACGGGAAGAUGAAACUAUCAAGGGUCUUUGGGAUAGUAGGAAGUUGUGGGUUGCAGCUUACUUCAAACCCUUGUAUUGUGGAAGGAUGACGUCUACACAAAGGAGUGAAAGCGUGAAUAGGAUGCUCAAGAGCAGGCAUUUCACAGGCCACAUGACAUGCAUGAGCAAAUUUGCCCGCAAGAUACUUGAGUUCAUUCAACACACAAAUCACACGGCGGCAGGAGAAACCCAUUGGUCACAGGCUGAUAACUUUCGAUUGACGUUGCAACACUUCGACAUCCAUUUGAGCAGGGUGUACACACGGGCUGUCUACAAAAAGUAUAGAGAUACUUAUAUAUACAGUACUGCAUUCCGUAUUGACCCAGAUGCAGACAAGGCUGAUAGUUUCCUAGUGACGCACACAAAUCAGUCGUGGAAAUAUUCAUGGUUUCAACAUUCUUUCAAAGUGGAGGCUAAUGUGGAAGAAGGCUUGUUCUGCGCCCAUCUUAUUAAAGUUUUCACCUACCUGCAAAUUGAAAAUAUACCUUCGAAAUACAUAAUGAAGAGAUACACCAGAGAUGCGAGGAUGAUGGUAACUUGGGACAGGCAUGACAUAGCUAAUAUGGGAACAGAUUGUGAAGACGAGAGGUACGCAACAAGAAAGUUGGUAGAUUUAGCAAUGAUGGCCGUAAGGGCGCUCUGCAAAACAAGUAUUGGGGUUGAGAGAGGAAGCAAGGAUCUGCAAGCAUUGGCUGAGUGGGGUGAAUCAGUUGCGGUAGGUACUGGACCAUCGCAGAUGGGGAAUCUUAGAAACGAAGAAAAUGUGUCAGAUGGAAUAAGAGGACCUGAAGUUCCUGCAGUCGAUGAAGUAGUGGCAAAUGAUACUGAAGAGGAUCCUCAUUCUCCUGCAAUUAGAAAAGACACGCUAAUUUCGGAAUGUGCGCCAAAGGGUGCUAGUACAAAGGGGAGGAAGCGCAAAGGGAAACAGAUAGUCCGAGUUGAGACUUCUAACAAGAAAGCAACGGGGGUACGGAAUUGUGGCCAUUGUGGAUUGAAAGGUCAUUAUAGUACAAGUUGUGAAAUAAACCUAGACAAUGAAUGGAAGAAAAGUGGUUCCAGUGGGAGUUUGCGUGGCAAGAUGGGGAAGAAGAGGGGGAGACCACCCACAAAAAGGCAACUAGAGGAGGAGUUUGAUGAUGUUGCAUGA